CGAAAACAGAGACUUUCAAUCUGUCAAAGCUCAAGAUGAACCAAAACUACAGAAAGAUUGAUCCUUCUUCUUCGUUCGUUUCCUUUUAUCUCAACAAAGUAUCUAUGUACCCUCUCCACCCGCCGUUGGAGGAGAGAGAGACGGCGGAGUUGGAGUGGGUGGGGGAAGAAGAUCAAGUGAAAAAACUGAGGAUUUGAAAAGCAAUUCAUCGAUGUUAUUCUCGAUUAUAUUACCCAGAAACUGCGGAAUUGCAUAUGGAAAGACUUCUUCUUCUGAACGAUUCAUGAUCACGCGCCGCUGUGUCGGACAUUCCCCAUUUUCUGAUGCAAUUUUGUGCUUCCGUCGCUCAAUUCCUCGCGUGGGUUUCAUUCCUUAUACUAUUAGCGACGGCAAGACCUUCUUCUUCUUCUUCUUCUUCUUCUUCUUCUUUUUCCUCCUCCUCUGCUUCGAAAUCUCUCAUCUGCCAACCUCAAGAUCAACAGCUCGUAAACCCUAGACGCCACGUUGAUUUCCUCCGAGCAAUGUCUUCCGUCGACGAGCUCAUUUCCGAACACAGGCUCUGGGUCGAUUCUUCCCUCACCGAUGUAUCUCCACCCAUCUAUGUGUUUUUACAGUGCCGCGAAGACCUCUCCGUCUCCGAUUGCCGCCGUUGUUUCAACGAGAGCAAAAUGGAGCUCGAGAGAACAUGUUUGAGCUCAGGAUCGAACUCCAACUUCGGUCGAAUCCACAGCGACGGAUGCUUCUUACGAUUCGACAACCGAGAUUUCUCAGACGAAUCCCUCGAUCCCAGAUUCGAUCGAGCCCAAUGCGAGAAAACAGCUUCGUGGGUUGGAGAAUAUUGGAAAGAGCUUGACGAGGCUUUUGUGAAUGUAACGCUAAAGGCCGUGAAAAAUGGAGGAUUUGGCGCAGCUUCGGUGGCUAGAGCCGGUGGUAGCCUUGCGGUUUACGCUCUGGCUCAGUGUUGGCAGACACUCGAUGAGAACUCGUGUCGGGACUGUUUGGUUAAUGCUAGAUCGAGCUUGAGAGCUUGUGAUGGCCAUGAAGCUAGAGCUUUCUUUACAGGAUGCUACUUGAAGUAUUCUACACAUAAGUUUUUUGAUGAUGCUGCAGAACGAAAACACGGUGAUGAUCAAAAAGGCUUUAUACAGUCAUCGUUUUUACCAGAUUUGAGUAAUCAAGAUGUUGCGAGGUUAGCAAUUGGUGUGGUUUCUUUGUCCAUUCUUACCUCUCUUGGUGCCUUUAUCAGUUACAGGCGGUUUUCAAAGAAAAGGAAAGCUCAAAUCCCGUCGUGUUCAAAUUUCAAAUACGAGAUUCUUGAGAAAGCGACCGAGUCUUUCCAUGACUCGAUGAAACUAGGCCAAGGAGGGGCAGGUUCUGUAUACAAAGGGAUUCUUCCAGAUGGCAGAAUCGUUGCAGUCAAAAAGCUCUUCUUCAACAACACUCGAGAAUGGGCUGAUCAGUUUUUCAACGAAGUGAAUCUGAUUAGCGGAGUUCAACACAAGAACCUCGUUAGGCUGCUUGGCUGCAGCAUCGAAGGUCCCAAAAGUCUUCUUGUCUAUGAAUAUGUUCAUAAUAGAAGCCUAGAUCAGAUCCUUUUCAUGAAGAAUACAGUCCACAUACUGAGCUGGAAGCAACGGUUUAACAUCAUCAUAGGAAUAUCGGAAGGUCUAGAAUAUCUUCACAGAGGAUCUGAAGUAAAAAUCAUCCAUAGAGACAUCAAAACCAGCAACAUUCUUCUUGAUCAAAACCUGUGUCCCAAAAUAGCGGAUUUUGGACUCGCACGUUCCAUGGGAACUGACAAAACGCAAACCAACACUGGGAAUCGCUGGAACACUGUGACGGGUUAUUUGGCUCCAGAGUAUCUUAUCAAAGGCCAAUUAACAGAGAAAGCUGACGUUUACGCAUUCGGAGUUCUUAUCAUCGAGAUAGCAACUGGGAAGAAAAACAAUGCAUUCACGCAAGGAACUAGCUCGGUUUUAUACUCUGUAUGGGAACAUUAUAAAGCAAACACUCUGCAUCGGUCGAUCGAUCCUCGAUUAAAAGGGAAGUUCACAGAGGAAGAGGCAUUGAAGGUUCUUGAGAUCGGAUUGUUGUGUGUUCAGUCUUCAGUAGAAUUGAGACCGUCAAUGUCUGAGAUAGUCUUCAUGUUAAAGAACAAAGAUUGUAAAUUUGAUUGUCCAAAACAGCCUCCGUUCUUGAGUGCCAGUGUAUUAAUGACAGAUGAGGAAACUAAAGUCUGAUAGUAUCAGUUUCUUAGGAUUUUUAAAUGUUCUUG